AUGUUAGGACCUUUCCAAAUCAGAGGCCUCCAAGCACCACUGUCCCAGGAGCCUGAACCGCAUAAUGUCGACGGAGAAGAACCAAAUCUGCAUGGGGUAGUACAAGUCUCUGCCGCUGACUAUGACGAAAUCGCGUCUGACCAUCCCCGAGCACUGCUCACCUACUUUGAUGCUGAUGAUGGUGAUCAGAUCACGGUAGGAUCCUCAUUCGAACUUUCUCAACGGCUGGAUGAGCCACCAGACGAGGACAUGUACCCUGGUCAAGAACCUACCCCAAUGCAUAUUUUUGAUAUUCGUCGAACCAACUCCAUCACUGAAAUCUGGAAAAGAUUUGAGAGACAUGACGAAGUCAGCCAAUCACAAGGAGACUCUAAAGAUGCCUCGGUAGCGCAGCCUGAUGGGGAGAGCAAUUCUCAACCCGAAAAGAUCCCUCAAUCACCAGGUCGCCCCCUCUCCCCCGAAACUCAGGUCGAAGAUCAGCCUUUCAUGGCAGCCUUUGAGGCCGAACUGGCAAAGCUUCUCAAUCCAGCAGAGAAUGGCGAGACAAGAGAUGCGCGUUCAGAAGCACCGACUGCCACAGAACACUCUUCGCAAGACGGUUCGCAGAGACCACAGCAUCCACUGGAAGUCAUGGCGACGACCUUUCUCUAUCAUCUUGUGCACGGGGCCAAUUCGGUGCAGUCUGAGCUGAGAAGCAAAUUUCCUGAAUUGCGGGACCACCUUCGAAAUGCUCAAAGAACAGUCCCGGAGAAUGUACAAUCCUCUUUGCAGCAUCUGCUUGCGUCCAUUGAAGCACACAUGCGCACUGCGUUUCAAAAUUUCCCGGAGCAUGGACGGCAAUUCGCAGAAGGUGCUUUCCAUGCCGGACGCCCUGUUGCUGAGAAUGCAGUGGACGGCUUGAGAACAAUGGCUUCUGAGCUUAAUGAGGCUAGUAAGGUCUUGUAUGCAGUCUUUGAGAAUGAGUUUAGUCACUUCGCCUCGAAUGACAUGAACACCUGGUUUGAGAGGCUGCAGAGGGUCUCGCCUUCAUUCGCUGCCGGUCCAGCAGAAGGGGCCCAGUCAGGGGGCGCCUCUCGAACCGCGGGAAGUGGCACUUCUGCCUACGAUGUUCGAGGUGCCGAAAGCAGCCUCCCUGUCCCGUCCCACCUUCAACCUUCUGAUCCUCAAAGCUCAGAUCCGCAGGCUACUCUGUGGUCUGGCUUCACUGGUUCGGGCAGUGUCGCCCUGCAGGACCAGGGUAACGGUAUCUCCUCUUCUCCAAAUUUCAACCAUCCGUCCCCAGUUCCACCCCGUCUUCCUCACACACAAGUCUCUGCGAUGCCACCCUUGCCACGGCCCAUUAAUGCUUUUUAUCCACAAAUUCCAAACGCCGCGUCAUGGACACCAUGGAACGCCUCUCAUCCUGCUGGACACCUCCCAUAUUCUCCUUUAUAUCCUCCCCAGCACAAUCCUGAGUUGCAGCCACAUCAUUCAGGGUCCUCGCCAAUUUGCCAGUCAGACGGCUUGGCUCAUCAAUCUGCAAGCAGAGCUACAGCCUUGUCAACCGAUCAUUCUACAUCCCUUCAGGAUUCUAUGGAAGAUUCUCGGACGGAAAUUCUGUUUAUCGGAAACGUUGGGUUUAAGGUCACCGAAACGAUUAUUCAGGAAGUAUUUGCUUCAAAGGGUUUCAUUGUGAGAGUGCGCCUUCCUCGAGACUCCGAGACUGGCCAUCAUGCGGGCUUUGGCUAUAUCUACCUUCCAUCUAUCCAUGCCGCCAUUGCGGCCAUCAACGCAUUACAAGGCGUUCAUAUUGAUGGCCACGCGAUCAAUCUCGAGUUCAGCGACGAUUCAAUUGGUAGUCCCUCGGACCUAUCGGAGGACCUUUCUCGCCAGCAAGGAACUCUGUUUGAAAAGUUCUCUAUCAAAGAUCGCGGGGUAGGCUGUGAGCCGGAAGCAUUGCCCAGUCAGCCGUCACCUGCUCCUCACGAGGGUCAUCAAAAAUCGGGUUCUCUCGAAGGCUCUGACCAAGGAUCACUGUAUGGUGAUAGUCAAAAGGCUAUCUCAUACAACGCAUCAGUCGAGAGCUCAACGCCAGCCCUUAUAGAUUUCAUUCCUGAUAAUCCGGCUCAGCCGGAACUCAUUGGGAUACAGGACCGGCUGCCAAGCUUGGACCAUUACCCCCCUGUCUUCCAAGUGGACGCUCAGCAACUGUCGAGUGAGCAUAAGACAGCGGCUGACAAGCCGUGCCAGCUCAUCGAUUCUCUGGAUACGCCCUCACUCUCGAAUGAAUUCGAAGCGGACGAUGUGCAUGGAUCAUGCUCAGCACCGGCCGUCGACUUUCAUGAACCGACCCCAGUGGGGCGGCGUGCAUCCGCCAAGCUCUCCGGAAAGAGUAAACAAUCAAACGGUUUGGACACGUGGGCUCGUUUGGACGGAAGGGAGCGUCGGCUGUCCAGAGAUGCGUCUUCAUACGAUAUUUCUAGAAGCUCUCCGACGGGAGAGACCUCGCGGCCCGCGGCAACUGGUUCGCUUGACGCGAGCGCAGAGCCGCAGCAGGAUCAGGUUGAAGCAUGCGUAGUCUCACUUAUUGAUCUCGGCUUUGGGACUGCUGAGCAAGGUGGGCGUUCUCGGCUUGCCAUCUAUGCUGCUGCAUCAAACGGGGACUUGGCCGAUGCUAUUGAUAUGAUCGAGGAGGAGAGGAAAGCGUACGAUCGCCGCGGUCCACUAAAUUAA